AAUUAAUAAUGAAAUUAUAGUUAGAAAGCAUAGAGAGCCAUCUAGGGGUCAUGAGUGACACUGUGACAAAUUAUGAGAAGGCCGAGUUGCACGUGGUUCCUGUCUGAGAGGUAGUCGCUUUUCCCUUUUUAGUGUCCUCAAGUUCAUUCUCAAAAAGAUUUCUAAUCACAAUGGAAUCAUCUCUAUGCUGUGUGUACGUGUGUGUUCCAUUGAGAAAAAAUGAAGCUGAGAGAGUCUGGCGACACUGACGAAUAGCAGUCAUAAAAUGGGUUGAAGAUCCUACCUGGUUUGCUUCUAACUCUUCUCAGUUGUUCUUUUCAUUUUCUUUUUCUGCCCACCUGGAACAAAUUGGCGGAGUGAAAGGGGGGAUCUCAGAUGUAGCAGAAGAAAGAAAAAUGUUUUCCAGUCGAGUAAGUCCCGUCUGCUGAUGGCUGUGAUGGGUUUAUCCCCAACGGAAUUUUAAUUCACAACAAGUUCUUUCCUUUUUUUUAUCUCCUUGAAAACAUUUAUCGUUCUGUCUAAUAGUUUAUGUGGACCAAAUAGGAAGAUAAGACAUGGAACUUAUCAAGAUGGAAAACAAAAAAAAAGCACUUGAACUUUUUCGUCCUGACUCGCCGCCCACUACAGUUUCUGCUGGUAUCGCUCCCGAUAACACACAAACAAUCCUCCUGGAAAUCAACACCAUUAUAGGAACCGUCUCUCAGCACCAGCAUCGUCGCAGAGAUAGGAAAUGUACAUAUUUAUACACUGGGUGGGCCGCCACCACCCAUCUGUGCAUCUGUGUGUGAGUAUAUAAUUUCCCAAUCAUCGUUUCAAAGAGCACGUUCCAUACGAGAUAAUAAUGCGGGUGAUAAUUAAUUUUGAAUCGUAACGGGAUCACAAAAUCUCUGAAAUAGAUCUCAGGCGAAAGUUGGUUAGAAAAAUAUUUAGUUUUUCCCCCGGCCUUGGUAUUUCUCGCUGUCCAAUCAGUGGAGAAUUUGAAACUAGCGCAGAGUUACUUUCAUUCCCAUGUUAUGAGUUAUUCCCGAAUGAGGAAAAGAAGCCAAACGUGUUAUUCGUGUCAACUCGAAUAGUGUGUCGCUAUAUUCCUUGUUCUGAUUAGAGCUUGUAGGCCAUUGCGACUCUAUUGGGUAUUUGGUGUAGUUUCUGAUAUGCAAAUUUUUCAGGAGAAAGACAUGAAAAUGUGUGGCGAAACUUUCACGUUUUCUGAGUUUGUUUCCACCUUAAAAAUGCUAAUGUGUGAGAAAAUUCACGAAGGAAAUUUUCAUUCAAUGAGAACAUCAUCAUCUUUGGAUCGUCACUAGAGAAGAGAAAGCGUUCGCACACCGGCAAAAGCCGCAUGUUGCUAAUGAUGAUGGGCUAGCUCUGGAUAUAGUCGGCGUAUCCAAUGCUUGUGUCUACCUUUUGAGAAUAUUCGUCGGAAGUUAUAUACAGCGUCACGGAGAUGAUGGGGGCAAUCAACACCUGGGUGCUCAUCAUCAACCCCCCAGCUUCUGAUUAGAGAAAAGGUGUCGACGGACUAAUACAACACAUGGUCUAUAGCAGCUCGGCUGGCGGUUGAUGAGAAACUUAUGGUCCGUUUUCUUUUUCAACCGACACACGGCCAAAUAUUCUUUUCCCACGGAAUGGCGACGGCCGUUCAUCAUCAUUUGGAGAUUUGACCCACAAAUAGCCGCAGCUUUCGACAAUAUACGACCGACCACAAUCAAUGAAAAUGACGAGACGCAAAUCUCCUCCCAGGGAAAUAAAACACAGUUGAUUGGGAGAGAAGGGGAAUAAGUGUAGGACCAAAGCGACAGACAUGGCGACCCUUCAUUCCAGCUCGACGGGCGUCGUUGGUGCUUCCGGCGCCGCUGGGGGACGAACAUCUGUCGUCCGGGCGCCGAUCAGCGCCUCGCUGCCCAGCUUAUUUGCCCGAACAUUACCUACGCAGUCCAACCGACACCGACAGUCAUCCCAACAACAGCCGGCCAGCCGUCCGACUCCAGCAGCAACCGACGUCCAUCGAGGACGGCUCGUGUCGACCGAAUGCCAGACGGAAAUGGAGGAUUCUGUCCAGCAAAACGUCAGGGUGGAAAACGCUCGAAAUGAAACGUCGACAGGAGGAGGAGGAGCUGUGGUUGUAUUAUUGGAUCCCAGCGGUCGCACCCGAAGUCGGCCCGUCUCCCAGUUGAGUGAGAGUGGACUGAGCGGAGUGGAGGAAGCCGUGACGGAGCUGGAACGAGGUCCACCACGGCGGAGGCGUCGCGAGAAGCGACGACAUCGACGAUCAUCGCAGGUGCCGGCCCAACCGCUGCAGCAGCACGUCCAGCAAGCGCUGCACGAUCAGACGGAAUUGUCGGUGGAUUCCCUGUCGGCCGCUCCGGUCUCGCCCAGCAACUCGGACCAUCUGCCCGACAUCCUCAACGCCCACAUGCCUCCGCCGUACUCGACGCUUCCGCACAAUAGCGAGCGCUGCAUGGGCAUGGGACCCAUCCCCAUCACGGCGUUGCCCGUCCCAUUGUCCGUCGUUCCCAUGGCCAUCGGGCCGACGGCCGCUGGUGGUGGCUUAUUGGUGCCUCCUUCCACCACCACAACUCCGGCCGUAGUGGUACCCGCCGGCGGAGGCAGCACAUCACUUUUAGCCAGCAAUAGUUUCACCUUGCCGCCAGCCGGUGGUCGACGAUCUCGUGGAUCGAUGUACGCCGGCGAAGAGAGCGGCAAAUCGUGUUGCGGGGUGAUGGUGACGCAAACGGUUUCCAUCCGCUGGUUCAUCGUCAUGAUCGCCUUCGUUGGCAUCUGCUGCGCAGUUGUGGGAACAGUCCUCGGGGCCAUGAGGUCUUCCGGACGGGAACACCUUACCGUUUCCCUCCUCAUGAUUGGUGUGGGGAUCGUGUUGAUCACGGUCAGCACAAUAGCGUGGAGGUUGACGUCACAAGACGCACCGUCGUGUCGGGCCAUGAUGGGAUUGGGUGGAUCGUCGAUGACGGGCGCUGGUGGAUUGCCCGUGGCGGAGAAUGGCGAAUGCGGAGGAGGAGGUGCCGGAGGAUUGACUGGCGGGGCGGGAGUGGCCGAGCCCAGUGGACGUCGCUUCCUCUCGCGAAUUCCGCCGACUUACGGGCGGCCGCACCAUCCUUACGCCGCCAUGAUGUAUCCGGAAUUCCAGUACAGGCCGCCGCCACCUUCCUAUCAGGCUUCCAUGCAAGAGUACCGGCUCCGGCUCCUGCUGCUGGAUCGAGACAGGCACCAACAGCAAUUGCAACAACAGCAACAACAGCAGCAGCAACAACAACAACACAAUACGCCUCUUAGUCGGGCGUGUGUGGCUGCCAGUAGCGUUCCAGUUGCGCCCGUUUCACCUCCGCCAACCUAUCGGUCACAAGCCAACACCCUCCUAAGGCCGUCACUGCCGAUCCGGGAGAGUGAAAUUAGUCGUCCGCCCAGUUACCGAUCGAGGAGUAGUGCCUCUACGGCCAUCGAGGCCAGAAACAACCCCGAGUCGCAACAACAACAUCAGCAGCAGCAGCAGCAGAUGAGGGCGGAAGAGCAACAGCCGACUCCGUCGAGUUGUACCGAGGCAUUAAUUCACCAUCAGGUGGCGAUGGUGGAAGCCAAAAUCAAAAGUGCCGCUCCGUCGUUUGUGGACGAGUCGCAGCCACAGCCGUCGAGCAAACGAGACAAGGACAACAACACAGUCACGAUCGUGCAGACCAAUUCGUCCAGUCAGGUGCUGGGCUGCCACAACAGCCAAUCGCCCGUUUUGGUUACAGUCACAACUUCCCCAACUGUCCACCAUCCGCCGUCGUCUUCCUCGUCGCCAACCGGCUCACAGAAUCUCCAAGUUUUGGCACAGUUAUGACACUAAAUAGUGUCGUGUCGCAGUUAUUCUUUUUUUUCUAAGUGUGUUACUAUUCAAUAAGAAAAAUUACUGUUAUGAAAUUGUUCAUGCUUCAUAACAUUCCCCCACUCCCUCCUUUUGUUUGUGUGUGUUGGAUGGCGCGUAUAUACAAAAACCUUCCGGAAGGGCAAAAAAACACAAAAAUUUGGACAGAGCCUAGCAGCUUCAAAAAAGUCAUUGGAACUCCAAAAAAAACCAACACUCGACAAGACCACACAUAAAUCAUCUGUUGACAAGUUCCUACGCGUCCUCUUUUAUAUAUUAUUAUAUGACAUAUUUCCCCCCCAAAUCGGAUCAAUUUGUCAUCCGAAGACAACUCAAAAUGUUUUCAAAUAAUUUCUUCUUUUUCUUUUAUUUCUGUUUUAACAGAAAUAUGUUUCACAUUUACGCGGGGAGAAAUUUUCUUUUCUAAAUCGCAUGCUAAUGAAUUAAAAAAAGAAAUUUUUGUUUUUUCCUUAAAACAAAAAAAAAGGCUGAAAAUGGAAUGCCUCAGGGAAUGCAGGAUAACGCCUGUUUAGCUUUUACGGCCGUCAUCAUCAUAACAACAAACAUUUUUUAAAAACUUUUUUUUUUUGACAAAAUGUCGUUUUGUUCGUUUUGUUUUGCCUCGUUGGAAAUUUGUGUGUGAAGCAAAAGAAAGAAAAGUGGAAAUCAUGUACGUGGCUUAUAUCUGGCAGUGUCGUAUUGAUCCGCCUGCUUUUUUUAUAAUUUUGUGUUCUACCCCGGGCAUUGGGGGGGGGCGCAAUGACGUGUGUACAGUACACGGCUCUUCCCAUUUUCUUCUUCCGGCGGAUGGUUUUUUUU